AUGAACUGGACGGGAGGUUCGCUGCGUCGCACCAAAAAAGCUAAUUCCGCCACGCGUCAACGGCAAAAAGCAUAUUUUGCAAAGGCGCGGACAAACCUUCAGAAUGCUCGUCAAACGCCCGCGGCAACCUUUUACCCCAGCUACCUUUGCGACAAAGACAGCCCAGUCCUGCUCCGAGGCGCUUUGCUUGGCGCCGUGUCGGUCCGAUACUUGCGUAGGCCGAAACACCAGGCCCCAGAGACGAAUGCGGCGACGCGAUUGCUGGAAGCGGAUAAGAAACGACUGUUGGCACAGCCGGACUGGGUCGGCAUUCACUCGUCCAAGCCAGUGCGUCUGCAAUUUGUGUCUUGUGAGCAGAAAGCGAAGAUCGGCAAGCGCAGAAUAACGACGGACAGCCAUGGCACGGCCAAGAAACGAAAGGUUGACAGACGGUGGUGGAGGGAAGACCCUGAUCUUCAGCGCGACGUCUUUGCUGCCUGUGUCGACGAUGGCGUUGCACGUAGCAAGGGCGAAGACAUACGAAUCCGCAUAGGCACAGAUGCAUUGACAGAGACUCGGGCCACGCAGCUCCACGGAGAGGCACAAUCACAUGCUUCUUCAGAGCCGAUGCUGUUGGAGCAAGAUGGGCUGACGUCUGGUCGUGUGGAAUUCAUCAACGCUGAGCAUGUUUGCGAUAGACAGGUCAAGGUGCGACGGGCGGCGGCAAGAGUGACAUUGGGUGAGAGGGCAGGCUCUACACUUGGCUCUGGCCUGGCGCACGGCGCUCACAGUGAUGAUGGCGCGCAGCGUCUUGUAUCUAGCGGCCUACACUCUGGCACAAGCAUACGUACUUACAGCGCGAGCAACGGGCGGGAGGAGGAGCAUGAAACAAAACAGCACCGAAGAGCAAGCUUGCCACGCGCGUCCCAAGUAAAGGGUCUGCACCACGUUGCCGUUGACAGGUCCAAGGCCGAUGCAGAUGCAUACGCAAUCAUGGGGCAGGAAGCUUGGAUGCGCCAUGUCGCAAUCUCGGAUGAUGGCUCAGUCGGACAUGAGGGAGCCAUUGGCAGCAGAGACGCGGUGCAGCGUACAAAGUUUGAUACGUCAUGGGACAAUGAAGCUGCUACAAAGUGGUCGCAACAUGGCGGGCACGAGCACGAGCACGAGCACGAGCACGAGCACGAGCAUGAGCUGUGA